AUGGUGGAGACAAAUAUAGAAAUAAAAAUUGAAGAAGAAUUUCCUGCAGAAAUUAAUAUUGUUAAAGAAGAAAUUGAAGGUGACAAUGAUGAUGUGCUAAAGGAAGAGAGCUCCAGUGCAUGCGCUACAAUACGUGCUUUGUCUCUGUGUCUGUCUGUCUCUCUCUCUCUCUCUCUCUCUCUCUUUCUCUUUCUCUCUCCCACAGAGUACACGCCAGCUCACUCCAACAGCUUCCAGCAGCCUCCAGCUCACUCCUGCAGCUUCCAGCAGCCUCCAGCUCACUCCUGCAGCUUCCAGAAGCCUCCAGCUCACUCCUGCAGCUUCCAGCAGUCUCCAGCUUACUCCUGCGGCGCUUUACUGACGUCCCGCUACCUAUUCCAGCACCCGCUGACGCCUGACGAUCUAAUCCAGUGCCCAUUGACGUCCAGCGACCUGUUCCAGCGCCCGUUAACGUCCGGAUACCGUUCCCGAACAAACGACAUCUGUCGUCUUACCAUCCACCGUUCACAAAUAAAGACACGAUUUCCAUUGUCUACAACGGACCAUCUGCGCAUACGGCUAGCAGAGAAGAUGGCGAAAAACACUGAAGCAGAAAUCAACACAUCCGCCGCCCUGUUACAACUACCACCAUACAACUCGAUCAACACCAGGAGUUGGUUUAUUCAACUUGAGGCGAUAUUUUCAGCCCGAAAGGUCACACGACAGGACACGAAAUACGCCUCCGUGGUACAAGCCUUACCAGUAUCAAUCGUUGAAGAAGUGGAAGACAUCAUUCUCAACACCCCGGACCAACUCCCAUACACCUGCCUCAAAGAAGCCAUCCUCAAACAUACGGCACGUUCGGACGAAGACCUCAUCAGAGACCUAUUCUCUAAUGUGUCUCUCGGUGAGAGAACCCCAUCCCGGCUCCUACGUUUGAUGAAGAGCUGCCUCGGGAACAACACCAUGGCAGAACCCAUCCUCCGAGGGCUAUGGAUGGAUCGGUUACCACCGAAUAUAACGCAAGUCCUAGCCCUGGUACCAGUAGAAACGCCCCUUACGUUGUGGCCGAUUCAGCCGACAAGAUAUACUCCCAGGCUCACCAAAAAGUCCACCAGCGAAACCCAGCACCACGCACACGAAAUCGAAGCCGUACCCGCAGCUCAAGUCCAGGACAGAGAAACAGUGCGGACGAAUGUUGGCACUACCAAACCUUCGGUCACCGAGUCCGCAAUUGCCACCCUCCCUGCAGACGCAAUAAGACCCAGGGAAACGAAUAGACCGACAGGCAGCGACGACGAUCCCUGUCAGUACUCGCUCACACAGUCGUCUCUUUUACUUGAUACUGGCGCAGCCAUCAGCGUGAUACCACCCACCAACAGAUCCGCCUUGAAACCCACCCCAUUCCAACUUCGAGCGGCAAACGGCUUCACCAUAGAAACCUAUGGGAACAAGGAACUUACCUUGAACAUCAACCUCAGGCGCGGCUUCAAAUGGUCAUUCACCGUAGCUGACGUCAGGACACCCUUGCUCGGUGCCGACUUCUUGGUACAUUACAACCCGGCUGUCCAUAUGAAGAUGAGGACCCUGUCCGACAACACGGCAUCCAUUAAGAUCACAUGGAUCCCUUCGAGCUUCAACACAACUAGGAUCAGCGUGGCAACACAGCACGACCCACGCUACGUAGAAAUCCUGCGCCGUCCUUUCACUCAGGAACUUCGCCAUAAAAUGGCCCAACUGAAGUAUACACCACCCAGGCAACCAUCACCAACUAUCCACGUUCCACAACAGCUUCAGGACUGCGAGUUCAUUUUUGACCGAAAUGAUGCGGUAAAGAAACCACUAACACCAACAUACCAGGGUCCAUUCAAAGUUUUAAAACGCUCUGAGAAGCACCUCACCAUCGAUCAAGGAAGCCGGACGGACACCAUCUCUAUUGACAGAGUCAAACCAGCUUUUCUGGAAAAAUCUCCACGUGAGACAGAACCCGUCUCAACACACCCAGAACUCUCACCUGCCUCAACAACCACGCAAUCGCAACCGUCACAACCAAGGUCAGAGCCAACCCCAGAAGCACCAACCACUCCAACCAGGCAGACCCGCCUUGGAAGGAAAGUCACCUUCCCUAAGAAGUACAAGACAUAUAUUUUAUUGAUAAUGAUCAAUUAUCCUGGGAGAGGGCCUUGUCGCAGUGUGCCCGAUCACCACUCCUCCUUUCGUAAACAAUCCCGAAUAUGCCUGCCGGUAGAAAAAGGUCACGACCCUCACGCCAGCUCACUCCUGCAGUUUCCAGCAGCCUGCAGCUUCCAACAGUCUCCAGCUCAUUUCUGCGGCGCUUUACUGACGUCCCGCUACCCAUUCCAGCACCCGCUGACGCCUGACGAUCUAAUCCAGUGCCCAUUGACGUCCAGCGACCUGUUCCAGCGCCCGUUAACGUCCGGAUACCGUUCCCGAACAAACGACCUCUGUCGUCUUACCAUCCACCGUUCACAAAUAAAAACACGAUUUCCAUUGUCUACAACGGACCAUCUGCGUUUGUCAUCCUUCUUUGCUAUUGCCAUCUCCUUGCCUUUGUGUCCCCUUUUUAGUUGUACGGUCGAUUGA